AUGGAGCGCCGUACUAAUCAAGCUUUUUUGGACUUGGGCCCUGAAUUUCGGACGGCAAAAUGUUUGAAUUUGUGUGAACUACAUCUAAUCUUGAGUGAUCAGCUUCGUCUACGACCACUAGAGGGACGCCCGUUGUUGAAGGCCUCGUAUGAAUAUGCCAAUCGCUUUGCAAAGUUUCGCACGCGGAACGUCAUCGUUGAUUUACGAAUUUGGGAGCGGGAGGGCGAUUUGCAUCAGUUCGAAAUUGCUCAGCUUGUAAAUAUCAUGCCGAAGUCUGUUGAAGAGGCCGCAACUUUGAUUCCAUCUUUAUCGCGCCUACCAAUGUCGCGUCUACAUCGUGUGCUCGAAUUGCUGGAGGUAUUCAGAAUUCACGCCACUUUGCCACGCCGCACCAGCGACAUUUACGUCUCGCGGCGUAUCCGGCACUUACGCAUAAUCAAUAUCUCCAUCGUUUCGGAUCACUACGACCUGUUCAACGCCGCCAGCCCUAGCCGAAACAGCGCCGAUCUUAACACGGUCCGCGUAAAGGUCGAGUCCUCUGUUACCUGA